GUUCCCUUUCCAGUAUCCGUCGCCCAUUAUCAAUUAAUUAAUUGAGCUUGCACGCUUCCCUCCCUCCCUCCAGACAAAAGGUUACCCUUCAAUUCAUCAAGAAACUUUUUAUUAUUUUUCUUUUUUUUUUAUGGGUUGGUGUUGUUCAUUUUCAACUAUAUAAGCAGGCCAUCGGAGCACCGAGAAUAACAGGUUCAUUCAGAGUGAAGAGAGAUACAUCCUUUUUAACAAAGGGAAGACAAAAGCUAGUUAGCUAGCUUCAAAACCCUCUCUCUUUCUCUCUGUCUCUCUGAUCCAACAGAACUGAGCUGUUAUUGCUGCAAAGAGCUGGCUACAGAAGAAAUUAAGUAGAACCAAAGGAGAGAGAUUUGAUUAGUAAAUGGUAAACAUGGCUGCAACCUUGUCUUCUUGGCCCUGGGAAAACCUGGGGAUCUUCAAGUAUCUGUUAUUUGGACCUUUUGUUGCACAAGUAUUGUACUCAGGAAUCCAAGAGGGUAUGAUCACGAAGGACAGUGGCUGCCUUCACAUUCUAAUUAUAUGUGCUCUUAGAGCUGUUAUGUAUCAGCAAUGGACUUCUUGGAGCAACAUGCUUUUCAUCACCCGCUGUCGCCGGAUCUUAAACCAAGGUGUCGACUUCAAGCAGAUCGACAAAGAGUGGGAGUGGGACAAUUUCAUUAUUCUUCAAGCCCUAGUGGCUGCCAUGGCUAGCUACAUCUUCCCAGGUCUUUCCAAUCUUCCCUUGUGGGACACAAGAGGCUUUCUUGCAGCCAUUCUUCUCCACAUUGGGCUCUCAGAGCCCUUAUACUAUUGGGUUCACAAGCUCUUCCAUGGAGAAUUUCUCUUCACCCAUUACCAUUCUCUCCACCACUCAUCACCUGUUCCUCAGCCCUUAACUGCUGGAAAUGCCACUUUUUUGGAGCAUCUUGUGCUAACAGCUGUGAUUGGGAUACCAGUGAUCGGGACAUGUGUGAUGGGGUUUGGAUCAAUGAGCAUGAUCUAUGGCUAUGUCUUGAUCUUCGAUUUUCUCAGAUGUUUGGGGCAUUGCAACGUUGAGAUUGUUCCCCAUCAGUUGUUUGAGCUCUUCCCCUUCCUCAGAUAUCUUCUCUAUACUCCAACAUACCACAGCCUUCACCACACAGAGAAGGGCUCCAACUUCUGCCUUUUCAUGCCUCUUUAUGAUGCAGUGGGAAACACCCUCAACAGCAAAUCAUGGGAGUUGCAAAAGAAGAUAAGCUUAGAUUCAGCAAAAAAGAAGUGGAGGGUGCCAGAUUUUGUGUUCUUGGCGCAUGUGGUGGAUAUAUCGCAUUCAUUGCACAGUCCCUUCGUGUUGAGAUCAGUGUCAUCGACGCCGUUCACAACGAGGAUCCUCUUUCUCCCAAUGUGGCCCUUUGCUUUUGUGGUGAUGCUGGUGAUGUGGGCUAAGUCGAAGACCUUCCUCUUCUCCUUCUACAAUCUCAGAGGCCGCCUCCACCAGACCUGGGCUGUUCCUCGCUAUGGUUUUCAGUAUUUCUUGCCAUUUGCUAGGAAGGGGAUCAACAACCAGAUUGAGGAAGCUAUUCUAAGGGCAGACAGAUUGGGAGUUAAAGUCCUUAGCCUUGCUGCACUGAAUAAGAAUGAAGCUCUUAAUGGUGGUGGAAUGCUGUUUGUGAACAAGCAUCCAAACCUUAAGGUUCGAGUCGUCCAUGGGAACACCUUAACGGCUGCUGUGAUCCUCAACGAAAUCCCCGACGAUGCCAAGGAGGUGUUCUUGACCGGAGCAACCUCGAAGCUUGGCCGAGCCAUCGCUCUAUACCUUUGCCGGAAGAGAGUUCGAGUCCUUAUGUUGACUCCGUCAAGCGAGAGAUAUCAGAAAAUACAGAAGGAAGCCCCAGCCGAGUUUCAGAAGUAUCUGGUCCAAGUGACCAAGUACCAAGCAGCCCAAAACUGUAAGACUUGGAUCGUGGGCAAGUGGAUAACACCAAGAGAGCAAAGCUGGGCGCCGGCCGGAACACACUUCCAUCAAUUUGUGGUGCCCCCAAUUCUAUCCUUCAGAAGAAACUGCACUUACGGUGAUCUUGCGGCCAUGAGGUUGCCUGAUGAUGUCGAAGGACUUGGCUCUUGUGAGUACACAAUGGAGCGAGGGGUGGUGCAUGCUUGCCAUGCCGGCGGCGUGGUUCAUCUUCUUGAGGGCUGGACGCACCACGAAGUUGGCGCCAUCGACGUGGACAGGAUCGACUUGGUGUGGGGAGCUGCCCUGAAACAUGGCUUGAAGCCAGUCUCAAGCUUCACAAAACACAAACAAAUAUAGAAUCUUUCACCCCACCAGUACUGACAAAAAAAGAACAAUCGACUCCCUCUUCUCAUUUUUUUUAGCUAAUUUGCUCCGCUUCUUAACGCACGGAGUUCUUGCAGGGCUUACUUGAAUAAGUAGUGCAUGUAAGACCCAUCGUUUGUGUUUAAGAGGGAGAGAUACGGUUAGAAAUGGGAUUAAAUUUUAGUUUCUUUCUUUUUAGAAUAUAUAACAUUCUUGGGUUUUCUUUAUAUAGUCAACUCAACUGUAUGGAAAUUAUUACUCACUUAUCAUGCUCUAUGUAAUAUAUAAAUAUACAAUAUCUCAUUGAUUUAUACAUCCAUUGACGGACGCACCCAUAGAAUAAAACAAAAUUUCUAUUAAA